GCAAGAUUGUGGUGAUCAAUGGAUCUGUCCCCUAAAUGUAAGCUGUGACCAAAAAUCCAAAUGUCACUGCAAAAGAGGAUUCUGCAGAUGCAAAAAAAAUGGUCUGCUCUACUGCAGAGAUAAAAAUGAGUGUAAAGACAUACCGUGUGGACAAGGAGCCCAGUGCCACAACACAAAAGGCAGCUACUACUGUGAGUGUUUGAAAAAUUAUCGCCCCAUCAACAAAGUUCAGUUCUGUCCUAAAGAGGGACAAGUUUUUUGCAAAGAGCAUAACAUAAAGGAAGCGUGUAAUAUGACUGGUGAACAGCAAAAGAGACUGGAAGAAUGCUCCAAGAAGAACCCACAGGACCCAAUCUGCUCUAUUCUCCAGGCAUCUUUUAAUUUUUUUAAUUUAUCCUGCCAAGCAAGUGAGAACAAGCCCUCUGAUAAUGAGGCAAAGAAUCAGCUUAAUCAAACAGCAAACACAUUCAGCCAGAUUCUCACAGUCAAGAACGUCUCUUCCACUUUUAGCAAUAAUCAGACCUCUGAAUUCCUGAACAACAUAGAGACUGCUGCCCUGAUAUCUUUUGCUCAAGCACCUAGGACACAAAGUGUGAGCACCCCCCAGCUAAAUAUUUCCAUGAAAGCUUCCUCUGACAUCUGUGGUUCUGGAGGUCAGGUCUUCAGCGUAAUGACAGGAGGGAACGAUAUGGAGGUGCCCUGCCAUCUGGUCAGUGGAAAAAAAGAUGGUGUAGUUUUGAUAGCCUACAAAGACCUUGCAUCAUACAUAAAUGGGAAUUUUAUCGGCAACAUAGGAGACCCUGAAGAGAAUGAUCUUGUUUCAAUUAAUUCGAGGGUGAUAUCUGGAGCCAUCACAAGCUAUGCUCAAGAAACUUUUAGUCACCCAGUGAUUUUCAGACUUGUUCAAAUCAAGCCUCGACUUCGCCUUUACAAGUUGCAUUGUGUAUUUUGGGACCCCAAAAAUAAUGGCUGGUCGGAUGAAGGAUGCGAAACUAAAUACUCUAAUCAGACACACACCAUCUGUUCCUGCAGCCAUCUCUCUAGCUUAGCUGUCAUCAUGGCUCCACAAGAACUUAAGGAUGAUUUCAUUCUCACAGUUAUUACCUAUGUUGGACUAAAUGUGUCCCUUGUCUGCCUGCUACUUUCUCUUCUCACCUUCAUCCUUUGUCGGUCUCUAAGGAGCGCUCACACCUCCGUCCUGACAGCAAUUUGUGGAUGUCUCUUCCUGGCACAGCUUCUUGUUCUGGUGGGUCUUGUUCAAACCCAGAAUGAGCUUGUUUGCAGCAUCAUUGCUGGUGGACUCCAUUUCUUGUUCCUCUGUGCAUUCUCUUGGAUGUCUAUUGAGAGCUUCCUCCUCUUCAUGACAGUCCGAAACCUGCGGGCUGUCAAUUAUAUGACAUCUCAGCGCUCAAGAUUUUCAAUCAUGUGUCUUCUGGCCUUUGGAGUGCCAACUGUGAUUGUGGGGGUCACAAUAGGUGUUGGUUUCAAAAAGUAUCGUUCCCUCAAAUAUUGCUGGCUUCAUCCAAGUCUUGUUUGGAGUUUCCUUGGUCCAACCUGUGUCUUUAUUAGUACAAACACAAUUCUAUUGAUCCUCACUGUUGUGCUCCUGAGAAAAAGGCUGGCAUCACUGAAUACCAAUGUGUCCACUCUAAAGAACACUCGGUUUCUGACAUUCAAAGCCUUGGCUCAAACUUUCAUUCUUGGCUGUACCUGGAGUAUUGGCUACUUCCAAUUUGCCUCCUUUUCCCAGAUAAUGUCAUACCUUUUCACCAUAUGUAACAGCCCUCAAGGAGCAUACAUUUUUAUUGUACAUUGUCUGCUCAACCACCAGGUAAGAGGAGAGUACCGCAAAUUCUUUUCCAAGCAGAAGAAAAAGUCGCAAGAUGUCUCGAGCAUGCAAACAGCCUCAAGAUCAGUAAACAUGUCCAAUAUCACUGUGCCAACGGCCACCACCAGCACAUUAUCAACAGAAAACAAAGCCCAGUGGAUGUAGCAUAUGUUAUGGACUAUCGGAAAACGUUUUUUUCCUGCCACAAAUGGAACCAAACAAGCAAGCUAUGGCUCACUCCCAAUAGAAGCGGAUAUGGGAUAAAAGAUUCCAUGAUGGGGCCACAAAUUAUCUCAGGCUACUAUGCCAGACCUAAAUUGUUCCACUAAAAUCCCAAUUCAACUCUCUAUUUAAAUCAGCUAAAUGCAUUUCAUGUACAUUAAAACAAAAAGUGUACAAAGUCUUGUAGUUAGGAAGCAGCCAAAGAAGACCAACACACCCCAUAUGCACAUGCUCCCUGCUGAUUGGAGAGCUCUAGCUCAUACUCAGUAGGGAGUGUGUUGGACUGCAACAUAAAGACCACUGCUUACACACAGAGAGUAAUGGUCCUUCCAUGCACCCACUGGCAAGGAACAGGUUUUUCUUCUCAUAAUGUGGAUGCUUUCUAUAAAAAAUCAACAGUAUGGAUUUACACACCUUUUGUUUUGAUGCACCUGGUUUAUAUUUAUUUGAUUUAAACUAAAAGUUCAGUUGGGGAGUAUUUUAGUAUAUCGUGUUACAACCAUAAACGCAAAUGUAUUUUAUUGGGAUUUUAUGUGAUAGACCAACACAAAGACCCCUUUCACACUGGGGCACAUUUCAGGCGUUUAAGCGCUAAAAUACCACCUGUAAAGCGCCUGAA